AUGAACUCAACGGAAAUAAACAACAUGCUUAGGCAGAUUUUCAAGUAUACCACCUCCACUGAAAUGGAACAUGGCGAUAUUUCGGACGUACAUUUAAUCGUAGCAUUCAUAGCCGUUGUGAUAUGUAUGUUGACGCUUAUACUGCUGUUUAUCGACAGGCAGUUCCAUUUUCUUCCACAACCAUUUGCCUUUGCUCUAAUUACAUUGAUGGUUCUACUCUGGUUAAUUGCUGACUCAUUUCUAUGCUGCAGCAAUAACCUUAAGGCACUGAAUGCAUUUAUCGGUGUUUCUGUUACAGUACACGUACUUGUCGGCUUUGCAGCAACUUACGUUAAAAAAAUAAACCUAAAUUAUUGUAUCUCACUGUUGACACUUGCUACAGCAAUGUUUUUUGCCGGCGUAGUAUGUUUUUUUCUGGGUAGCGCUGAUCAUGUGUUCCAUUGGCUGGCUGGUGCAUGUUGGAGUGCUACUUCAGCUAUUGUAACAUUCAUCGUAGUGAAUCAAAUCAACUGGUCAAUGAAGAAAUAG